AAACAAAAAUGGAGGUGGACACGAACUGACAACUGACAUGCGUUGCGAUCAGUGUCGCUUUGCCAUCGCAUCGCACGCGUCGACAUAAUUUUCAAAUUUUUUUGUUGGUCGACAUGGAACGUCUGAUUUCUGAAGUGAAGAAAAGGAAUGUAUUGUGGAACAGAGCGCAUCCCCGUCAUAAGGAACGUGGAAUGAUUGAAAGAGAAUGGGAUGCAGUAGCAAAAAAUACAGGAUUAUCAAGUAUAGAAUGUAGAAAAAAAUGGCGGAACUUGCGGGACCAAUUUGCGAAGGAGUACAAAAAAAUACCGAAACGCGAAUAUGAAGAUUCUCAGGAAUUAUCCGACUUAUAUGGUGGAAAAUGGCAGUUUUUUCACUCUUUAGUGUUCUUGAAGGACAACUUAGGACAAAGUUCUACCGAGGGAAAUCAACCUAUUCUUGACAUUAGUGAAAAUUCGCAAAUGGCUCCAAUAGACACUAAAAGUUUUUUGUCAGAUGAUACAGUUCACGUUACCCAAGAAAUUUCAAACGACAUUUCUUCAAAUACAACGCGAUAUACUUCGACAAAGCAUUUUCGUCCAAAAAGGAGAAGAGUACUCAACAAUAAUAAUGACAGAAUUGUAGUAGAAACUAGACUAUUGGAAAUUGAGAGGAGAAUGCUCGAAAUGUUACAGACCCAAGAUGAUGAGAAUUUACUGUUUCUAAAGUCUCUACAUCCUUAUAUGAAGAGACUCGAUCCUUUGCAACAACUGAAUGUGAGGACUAAAUUCCAACAAAUUUUAACAGACGAAAUUUCAAAUGGUUUCUCAAAUGUUCAUUGAAGGUAAUUGAGGACAUGUGUGGUUAUGAAAUAAAUUAUUUAUGUAUACCUACCUAUACAGGAGUUUGAAGAUUUUUUUGUCAAUUAGUAUAUGAGAUUCUUCCAGAUCUGAUGCAAAUUAUCAAGUGAGCGUACUGUAUUUGACACUAUUUAAAGUUAUGCACUACGUU